AAUCCCUAGAGAGUAUGAAAACUAUAAGCCGCUCUCUUUCUUAUCCCAACUUUCCGGAGAAGCCCCAAAUCGAAGAAAACAAUGUCUACUGCGUCUGCAUGUCUUCCUCUUUACACGCCUGUUACUGCUUCAAAGAUAACCACCAAAACCUCCACAUCAAGACCCUUCAGCUUUAACACUAGGAAAUUCAAUGGUCAUGGAAUUGGUAACUCUAUAACGUGCAGAGCUGCUUCUUUCCAGGAUAUAAAUAUCGAUCUUUACGAUCUUCUGGGCAUCGAUAACAGUUCCGAUCAAUCUCAAAUAAAAACCGCUUAUCGUACGCUGCAGAAGAGAUGCCAUCCCGAUAUUGCAGGCCCCGCAGGACACGACAUGGCUGUUAUACUCAAUGAAGUUUAUUCUCUCCUUUCUGAUCCCACUUCUCGCUCGGCUUACGAUAAGGAACAAUCCAAGAUCGCUCAACUCCGAGGCUUCACUGGAAAACCUUUAUACUCCGUAUGGUUUGGUGGUGAAAGCGAAAACAGAGCUGUGUUUGUUGAUGAGGUGAAGUGCGUUGGUUGUUUGAAAUGUGCGUUAUGUGCAGAAAAAACGUUUGCUAUUGAGUCGGUAUAUGGAAGAGCCAGAGUUGUGGGACAGUGGGCGGAUCCUGAAUACAAAAUCCAGGAGGCAAUACAGGCAUGUCCUGUAGAUUGCAUCUCAAUUGUGGAGAGGUCAGACUUGGCAGCUCUAGAAUACCUUAUGUCCAAACAACCACGCGGUAACGUUAGAGUGGGAGCAAAUGACUCAGUCGGUGCACGGGUCUCGAACAUAUUCGUUGAUGUCAAAAAAUUUCAAACAAAAUAUUUUGAUGCCAUGAACAAAGCAGCUACAAAGGAGGAAGAUAUGAAUUGGAAAGCAAGAAUGUCAGCAAUUCAAGCAAUCAGAUCAAUCUCAAAUUGGUUUUAUUGGCAAUCACCCACAUCGAAAACUGACCAGAAUUUGACGCAUAUCUCCCAGAAAACAACAGAUCCAAAUAUCAAAAAGCUUCGUGCUGCUGCUGCUGCCAGAAAACACGCAAGAGAGAUCGGUACAAGAACAAAAACCCCAUCAAAUUACAUAUAUCUUGAAGAGUAUUGGAGUCCAUCAACUCAAGCUCUUCCAGCUCCAGCUCCAGUCCCAGCACCGGCAGCUUCAACCCACUUCAACUCAAGCUCUGGAGAUUCCUCGGAGUUUUCAAAGAAGAAAACUAAUGAAGAAUAUUAUAGGGAAGAAAAUAGGAGGAGCCCCAUUGCACGGGGAAUUCCAAUUGUAACAGCCGCAAUUGCAGCAGGUGUAGUUCGGAUGCAAGUCGGUGAAGGAGUGGUUGGUGGAUUAAAGGAACAUAUAGGAGGGUCACUAGCGUUGGAUAUUGUUAAUAGCUCUUGGUUGCAGGUUAUUUUAGCUGGGAUUACAUGGUACUACGUUGGAGUGGGAAUUGUUGAACUCAUUGAGACCACUGGAAAUAGGCAAGAGUAGAUCAAAUACAAUAUAGGGUGAAUACAAAUUAUAUGUCUGUACACUAUUUUACUGAUCAACACAAUUAUACCAACAUUGGAAA